UUACGAUACUGCUUCCCUAGCCAUGCAUCCCCAGCGUCCUCUUCCCCAGGCCAUGCCCUCGUCCUCGCUGGGGCAGCAACUGAGGGACAUUACUAUGGGUCUGGGACGAGGCAAGAACUUUCUGGGAGGAAACUUUGGUUAUGGUUUCAUCCAGUCUGUUAAGGAAUGCCUUUAUUUUCUCCUCUGCUGCUGGUGUAUCAAGGAGAUACUGGACUAAUAGCUAUAGAUAUGUAUUUUGCAUAUUUAUCAGUUGGUCUGUGCAAUGCUGUUUCAGUUUGCAUUUGUUAGAAGCGUAUGAGGAACAUUCUUUGAUAGCUGAGUAGGUUAAGAUUACGGUGUGAGAAGCAAAGCCCAGGAUGCUGUUAGACUGGGUUCGAGAAUUCGGAGAACAAGUGUGAAGAUCUGGGAUUCUUCGAUCAUGCAGACAUGAUUUUCCUUGAAGUGACAAUAAAUAAACUAAAUAUAUCUACCUUCA